GCAGGCAGGGGAGCUGGACCCAAAAGACAGACGCAGGAGGGAGAGAGAGGAGGCCAGAGCCCGGGCGAGGCGAGGCGAGGCGAGGCGAGGCGGAAGGCCCGAAGGGAUGGGGGGCAGAUGUGAGACCAGGCACCCCUGGAGCUAGGAGAGCAGAGUGAGGCAGGGGGGCAAGAUGGCCGAGGGGGAUGGAGAGGAGGGGGCAGGAGGCGGCCCUGCCCAUCCCAGGCUGCCAGGUCCCACUGACCGGGCUGUGGCUGGGUGGGCUCCUCUCUGACAUUUACUGGUUUGGGGAGGAAGAGGCCUGGAGGUGGAGGAGACCGGGGGGGGGGGGGGAGGGGGGUUGGGGGGAACAAAAAGGAAGCAGCUGCUGGGCCAGAAGGAGGAGGGGGCCCAGAGACCCACAGAUCCAGAGGGCCCAGGACGGACCAGCAGACAGAGAGAAGCCAGGGCAGGGCCACCAGGGCCAGAGAGACCAGGCCAGCAGGGGAGGGACGGCGGGCAAUGGAGGGGCAGGGGCAGAGGGUGUGAAGGAGGAGGAGGCCAGGCAGGCAAGGAGGGGAGAAGGAGACGGGGACAGCAGGGUCCCCACUGCAGGGCGAGGGCAGGAGGGGACCAGGGCCAUCGGGCCUUUGAAGGAGGCGCACAGCGUCCCCAGGGCGGGGGUCAGGCCAGGUCAGCGGCCGGGCGGCGGCACCAGCAGCAUCAGCAGCCCGGCGGUGCUGAGGAGGAGCCCUAGCCAACAGGGCCUGGACACCCUCCUGAGGCUCGCCACGCAGUGGAGCCAGGAAGAAGAGGAGGAGGCUGCCCGGGAGCGGAGUCGGCGGGAGCGGGACCAGGAUGGAGGCAGCCCAGCCCCAGAGCCCCCCGAGCAGGAGACACUGCUGAAGGCCUCGGAGGCCCCAGAACCGGAGGAGGACGAGGGGUUCGGCGACUGGGCCCAGAAGUCGGAGCUGCGGCAGCCCCUGCGGGGAGAGAGCCCGGAGGGAGAGCAGGAGGAGGCCAGGCCCUGUGGACCCCAGGAUGGUGAUGAGCUGUGUCCUGCCAGGGUCUCCCUGGAGGAGCUGCAUCUGCACCCCAACUCUGAGGCCCAGGAGGGGCCAGGGCCAGAGCAGGCAGAGCCCAAGGACCCAGAGGAGGCGGGCCGGGGCAGCCCGGGCCCAGCAGAGGAGGCCGAGGAGCACCAACAAUGGCAGCGGCCCGGAGCGCCCAGCCCCUUGCUCCUGGAGGAGACCACCGAGCCGAGCUCGCCUCCCCUCAGCCCUAGCACCAAACUCCUGGACAGAACCGAGUCCCUGAGCCGCUCCAUCAAGAAGAGCAACAGCGUGAAGAGGUCCCAGCCAGCCCUGCCCAUCUCCAAGAUUGAUGACCGGCUGGAGCAGUACACCCAGGCCAUCGAGACUGCUGGCCGGAACGCCAAGCUAACUCGCCAGCCCUCCAUCGAGCUGCCCAGCAUGGCCGUGGCAAGCACGAAGAGUCUGUGGGAGACGGGAGAGGUGCAGGCUCAGUCUGCGGCCAAGAGCCCCUCCUGCAAGGACAUCGUGGCUGGAGACAUGAGCAAGAAAAGCCUCUGGGAGCACAAAGGAGGCUCCAAGACCUCAUCGACCGUUAAGAGCACCCCCUCCGGGAAGAGGUACAAGUUUGUGGCCACCGGACACGGGAAGUACGAGAAGGUGCUGAUGGAUGAGGGCUCGGGGCCCUAAGCAUUCCCUCUCGCUGUCCUGAGCUGGGUGCAGGCCGGGGGCUCCCUCCACACUUCCCACCCAUGCUCCCGGGGAGUCCGGCCAGAUGCCCACCCAGCCCUGCCGAAGAAGCCGCUUCCCAUUGCCUGCCUGGCUGCCCACGCCCCGCCAGCACCCGCCACUGCCACCGCCUCUGUCCCCGGACCUCCGGCCUCGCUCCCCUCCGCUCCCUGGCCCACCGGCUCUGCCUCUCACAGCCUGGGAGGAUGGGAUGCUCAUGGUGCUUGGCUGAGGGGACCAUCCCCAGAGGCCACACACCCACCAGGAAGGGGUGUCCUGUGCAGAGAGCACACCAGCCAGGGGCCAUCCCGUCAGGAGCCAUCGAUGCCUGCGGGAAGCUCAUCCCUGCCUCUGCUUGCGGCCCCUUCAUUUGUGCAAUAAAGCUCUUUCUGUCCCCA